AGAAAAAUAGCAGGAAAAAAAAAUAAGGAGAAAAAAACACACACAAACACACGCACUCCCUCUAAAAAUACUUAUGCUCUGCCUCCGUGCAGGGCAGAGGAAGCAUCUUAUUCUCUGCAUGCUUACUUCUCUCACAUUCUGCUGUUGUUAAGGUUUCCUUCUUGGGAAACCCCGAGGUUUUCUCAUUCUGCUUCUUUUGUCUCCCAUGAGCUUCUCUGCAAAAAAAUGGGUGAAGAAUCCUUAGCCACAGUGCCCUUUGACAGAGCUGUCGAACAGGCAAUUGUAUCCAUAAAGAAGGGUGCAUAUCUUUUGAAGUGUGGACGAAGAGGGAAGCCCAAAUUUUGUCCUUUCAGGCUUUCUACGGAUGAGAAAUAUUUGAUUUGGUAUUCCAGAAAGAAGGAAAAACAAUUGAAAUUAAGCUCAGUUAAGGAUACAAUUGCUGGACAGGCGAGCUUUCAGAGGCAAUUUCAACCUGAAAAGGAAUGUCUGUCAUUUUCGCUUAUCUAUGGUGAACGUUCACUUGAUCUGAUAUGCAAGGACAAAUUGCAGGCUGAUUGUUGGUAUCUAGGCUUAAGAGCUGCAAUAUCCAGGUGUCACCAUUUUAGACCACUAUGUAGCUCAAGGAGCCGCAGAGGGGUACAAACUUGUGUCAAUAGUCCUGCUGGAUUUUUUCGAAGAAAGCAUUAUCUUGGACUUCUGGAGGAUACCAACGAAUUUGAACAGGUGCGCAGUUUAUGUGGGAGUCCUACUCUGUCACAUUCAGAAAGGUGUUUUUCUGAUGGCUUAUCACAUUCUUCUGAUUGCUUUUCUUCGUCGGAAUCAAUCCUAUCAAAUAUGCGGAAUGCAAUGGCUAUCUCAAUUCCCAAAUCACCGUGUAUUGAAGCAGAUAAUCUCAAGAAGAGGGUAUCAAUUUACGCUCAUGCAGACCAAGAAAAGAAUGUGCCUCUUAGGCUCGUUAUGCCUUGUGGUUCUCGGCAAAGAGCAAAGAACAAUAUUUUGAAUGACGUUAUGAUUUGGGGUGAAGGAAUAGGAGGAGGGGUUGUUGGUGGUGGGGUGGACAGGUUUGGCAACCAUCACGGAGUACAAGUGGAUGCUGUAUUACCUAAAUUAUUGGAAUCCACCAUGAUGUUUGAUGUGCAGAACAUAUCUUUAGGGGGGAAACAUGCCGCCUUUGUUACCAAACAUGGGGAAGUAUUUUGCUGGGGUGAGGAAAAGGCGGGUAGGCUGGGGCACAAAAUUAAUAUAGAUGUGAGCUUCCCCAAAAUUGUUGACUCCCUUAUUGGGGUCCAUGUAAAAUCUGUUGCCUGUGGUGAAUAUCAAACAUGUGCCCUGACAGAAUCUGGUGAGCUAUAUACAUGGGGUGAUAAUGGUUGUGGUGCUGAUUUAUUGGACAAGGAGAGAAAUAGAAUUCAGUGGCUGCCGUGUAAACCUUUUGGCCCUUUGGACGGUAUUAGUGUAGCAGAUGUUGCUUGUGGGGAAUGGCAUACAGCAAUCUUGUCCACCUCUGGGCAGUUAUUUACUUAUGGAGAUGGGACUUUUGGGGUUCUUGGGCAUGGUAAUCUUAAAAAUGUUUCCCAGCCAAAAGAAGUUGAAUCUCUCAAAGGUUUGCGGGUAAAAUCUGUUGCAUGUGGAUCGUGGCAUACAGCCGCUAUUGUUGAUAUCAUGGUUGACCGUUUAAAGUUUAAUGCUAAAGGUGGAAAAUUAUUUACAUGGGGUGAUGGAGAUAAAGGAAGACUUGGGCAUGCUAAUGAAGAGAGAAAGCUUUUACCAACAUGUGUUGCACAACUUGUCGAUCAUGAUUUCGUUCAAGUUUCUUGUGGAAGAAUGCUAACCGUUGGGCUUACCAAUUUGGGUACAGUUUAUACAAUGGGAAGUGCGGUGCAUGGACAGUUAGGAAAUCCACAUUCCAAGGAUAAAUCAAUCACUAUCGUUGAAGGGAAGCUUAAAGAAGAGUUCAUUAAGGAGAUAUCAUCAGGUUCAUACCAUAUUGCUGUCGUAACAUCUAGUGGAAGUGUGUAUACAUGGGGGAAGGGUGCAAAUGGGCAGUUAGGAUUAGGUGAUAUAGAAGAUAGAAACUCACCAAGAUUAGUGGAGGCUUUGAGGGACAGGCAGGUGGAAAGUAUUGCUUGCGGAUCAAAUUUUACUGCUGCAAUCUGUCUGCACAAAUCUAUUUCUGUUAGUGAUCAAUCAGCUUGUACUGGAUGUAAAUUGCCUUUUGGAUUUACAAGGAAGAAGCAUAAUUGUUACAACUGUGGUCUCCUGUUCUGCCGUGCAUGUUGUAGUAAGAAGGCUACAAACGCCUCUCUCGCACCUAAUCCUGGCAAGGCUUUCCGAGUCUGUGAGCCAUGCUUUAAUAAUCUGCAGAACAUCACACAUUCAGGUAGGCUAUCAAAACUGGAAAGUCGCAGUCCAAAGCAGCUAUCGACCCAAAGAAAAGUAUUCCCUGAUGAGAAAGAAGAAAAAGGAGAUGUAGCUCCAAAAUGGAGUCAAAUGUUGUCGAUUAGACAAUCUUGUAACAGGGGAAGCCAAUAUGGUGGAAGGAAGACCUUGGAAAAUCAAGGGGAAAAUCAGCAGCCUGUAGAACCUGUUUCUUCUUUGUCAGGUGGGCUCCCACAAUGGGGGCAAGUCCCAUGCCCACCUUCAUUUAAAACUUGCUGUCCAGAAAAUUCUGGGGCAUUUAUUCCUCUAUCGGAAAAUCAAUCUGCUUCUGUUUCCCCACUUCAUUUGGUAUCUACUAUUUCUAGUGAACUAAAUGGGGAGAAAGGCAUAUGUGAGUCAGAUGAGAUGCUCAUUGAAGAAGUUCAGAGGCUGAGGGCCGAGUCUAGAAGCCUUGAAAAGCAAAAUGAGAUCAGAAGCCAGAAGAUUCAAGAAUGUCAACAACAAAUUGAGGAUACUUGGUCCCUGGCUAGGGAAGAAACUGCCAAGUGUAAGGCUGCGAAAGAGGUCAUAAAAGCUUUGGCAUUAAGGCUUCAUACAAUGUCAGAGAAAGUUUCUUCUAAUAAACAACCGAAGGAUGCAACUCAUGUCAGCCGGCCUCAAAUCACACCAGCAUAUACAGAUAGCCUUGAGGGGGUGUGCCCUAUGAUUGUGGCAACUCAACUGCCCCCUGAAGUAGGAUUAUCAAAAGACACAGAAGGAGAUAGUCUAUCUAAUACUCCUAUUAUAUUCUCUGAUACACUAAAAUCCAAGUAUGGGAGAGGUGUUUGCCAUUACGACACUAGAUCCAUGGAGAAUUCACAUGUCACAAGAACUGAAUUUCCACAGAACGGAAGGAAUGCAUCGAAGCUUGAAUGGGUGGAACAGUAUGAGCCUGGCGUAUAUAUCACAUUUACGAGUUUGCCUCGUGGGCAAAAGGGGCUGAAACGAGUGAGAUUUAGCCGAAAGCGAUUCACUGAGAGGGAAGCAGAGUUGUGGUGGGAGGAGAAUCAAGUUACUGUGUAUCAAAAGUAUGAUAUUGAGGGCUAUAGCAACUCAUCAUAAUCAGAUGAAGGGCUUAUUUUUGCUUGCCCUUUAUAGAUGAUGAUCUUGUCUACCUCAACAAAUAGCUCUGUGGAUAAUGGUAGACAGUACGAGGAAGUUGAUGCCAAGGCUGAAAAAUUCUUCUAGUCCAAAACUUUAGGUGCCAUUCAGAUGAAGUACCUUGCCUCUGGCAGCCAGUGUACAGUUUUCAAUAAAAGCAUCUGUCUCUCUCUCUCUCUCUCUGUGCUUGUGCGAUCUUGCACGUGCAUGUGUUAUACAUUCAAAAUUAUGCACAGGGUGUGCCCUUUGUUGGAUGCAGUUCAAACUCUUAGCUUACAAGAAGAUUGCUGGUUAAUUAUUCACUGAUGAUUACCAAGACUGCAGAUGGUGAUCUAUUGUCAAAAGAAGUUUUUCGGGGUAUUGCUUUGGACUACUGUUAUGAAAUGUUCUCUGGUUGACAGCAAUUCUUGUCUGCUGAUAUGUUGGAUCGACGAACUAUAUGGUGAAAUCAUCACGGAUUAGGGGAAUUCUCAUUUGGUGACAUGGUUGCUGAGGCUGAGGAUAUUAACAACAAAAAGAAAUCACUUUCCAUGAUGAAUAAUAGGAGGAAUCCCUGCUUUAACUGCCAAUGCCACUGAAAGAAGUGCAGAUCAAAAUAUGAGGCUCCUAGAGGGUUCCUUGAAUACCCCGACUCCAGCGACUUCGGUGCUGAAAUGGAAAGAACCAUAAUGGUUAAUUUGAAAAUACUCUGCUAGAGGAGGAGACCAAAAAGAUGUGGUCGGAGAGGUGCUGAGGAUGGAUUUGGCCUGCUUCAAACUUCAAGCUUGCUGAGUUGGUAAGAAAUAUUAACUGUUGAUCCUUAGAUGGCCAUUAACAUAGGUAUAGCAGGAUUUUCCAGAAGUACAGCUUUUUUCCCCUUACAUCUCAUCCAAUCUGUAUAUCCAUUCAGAAAGUAGUAUAUAUUGUAUUGAGGAGAUUUAACUCUUUUAAGGAGUUGUUUUAUUGAGACCACAAUACAACAUUUCGGGACGUUAUUGAA